UGGCUCAAUGAAGCUUUCUUUUCCCCGCAGGUUGGAGGCCAGGCAGCCGCGGUCAGGAUGCUGGACUUGCAAACGGUUUCGGGAUCGGCCCCUGUGGCUGCGGGAAACUUUCCAGCCCCCCCAGCCGUUCCUCCACAACCCCAGCGAGGCAGAGUAUUAACAGUCCAGUUCAACUCCAGGGCUGGGCCAUGGGAGCAGGUCCCGCAAGGGGAACUAAUGUCCGGUCCAGAGGGCCCCCUUGGUUGUUAUGGUGCUCCCGGGGUGCCUGCGGAUGAUGUCACGGCUUUCACUCCGAUGUCACGUUAAGCAUAUGACGUCACUCUCAGCCCCCACUUCCCAGGCACCAGGGCCCUCUGGUUGUCAAUCACGGCUUCCCUGAAUGGCGCCACUGUGCAACGGUAGGAUAAAGGCCCCAGUCUGCUUAUCUGGGGACCCUGACUUCUUCCUGCGGGCUCCUCUUCCUCCAUUCCCCCAUCAUCGCCGCAGGGGCCGGGGGAGGGGCGGGCACGCCUCUGGCACCCUGCAGCCCCGCCCCGCCCCGCCCCCUGCCCCUGGGGCCAGGAAGCGCGGAAGGAACCGCCCGGACCAUGGAAGGGGCUGUGAUGGAGGGUCCGCUCUUUCUGCAGAGUCAGCGCUUUGGGACCAAGAGGUGGAGGAAAACCUGGGCUGUGCUCUACCCAGCUAGCCCCCACGGCGUAGCGCGGCUGGAGUUCUUUGACCACAAGGGGUCGAGCACUGGAGGGGGUCGAGGCGGCUCUCGCCGUCUGGACUGCAAGAUGAUCCGCCUGGCUGAGUGUGUGAGCGUGGCCCCUGUGUCUGUGGAGAGUCCCCCUGAGCCCGGCGCCACUGCCUUCCGCCUGGACACCGCGCAGCGCUCGCACCUGCUGGCGGCGGACGCCCCGUCCAGCGUCGCCUGGGUGCAGACUUUAUGCAGAAAUGCCUUUCCGAAAGGCAGCUGGGCUUUGGCGCAGACGGAGCACCCGCCUAAGUUUUCUGCCCUGGAGAUGCUGGAGAAUUCGCUGUACAGCCCCACCUGGGAAGGCUCCCAGUUCUGGGUCACCACGCAGAGGACUGAGGCUUCUGAACGCUGCGGCCUGCAAGGCUCCUACAUACUGAGGGUGGAGGCUGAGAAGCUGACCCUCCUGACUUUGGGAGCCCAGAGUCAAAUCCUGGAGCCGCUCCUUUUCUGGCCCUACACUCUGUUGCGCCGCUAUGGCCGGGACAAGGUGAUGUUCUCUUUUGAAGCGGGUCGCCGCUGCCCCUCUGGCCCUGGAACCUUCACCUUCCAGACUGCACAGGGAAAUGACAUCUUUCAGGCAGUUGAGGCUGCCAUCCAGCAGCAGAAAGCCCAAGGAAAGGCGGGACAGGGACAAGAUAUCCUCAGGACGGACUCCCAUGAAGGGGAGGCAGAGGGAAAGGUAGCUUCCCCUCCUGUCCCUCAGGAGCCCCUGGGCAGCCCCCCAGCCCUAUAUGCUGAGCCUUUAGACUCCCUGCGAAUUCUCCCAGGCCCUCCUUCUCAGGACUCUCUAUACUCAGACCCCCUGGGCAGCACCCCUGCUCGGGCAGGGGAGGGGGUGCAUUCGAAGAAACCUCUCUACUGGGACUUGUAUGGGCACGUGCAGCAGCAGUUGCUGAAGACCAAGCUGACAGACUCCAAAGAGGACCCCAUCUAUGAUGAACCGGAGGGCCUGGCCCCAGCCCCUCCCCGGGGCCUUUAUGAUCUGCCUCAGGAGCCUAAGGAUGCAUGGUGGUGCCAGGCUCGGGCGAAGGAGGAGGGCUAUGAGCUCCCCUACAACCCUGCUACAGAUGACUAUGCUGUGCCGCCUCCUCGGAGCUCAAAGCCUGUCCCUGCCCCCAAGCCGCAGGGCCUGGCCCUUCCUGACCCUGGUACCACAGGCGGCAAUGGCAGCAAAGGUCACAGCUUAGACACAGCUCUGUACAGCCAGGUCCAGAAGAGCGGGCCCUCAGGGGGUUGGGACUGUGGGCUUUCUGGAGUAGGGAGUGAGGGGGCGGGGGUCAAGUCAGAGGGCUCCACCUGAGACAGUUGCUGACAGGAGCUUCAUGGAGAGGUGGCAGUGAACAUCAAACCUGUUCUAACCAGCAGGAACCAGAGGGUGGGGGGGGCCUAUGUUAAGACUAGGGGACCAGAGGCAUCGAGGGAUGACCAGCCCCAGGAAGUCAGAGGAAGUAGAACAAAUGAUAAGGCUGAGAGGUAGGCUCUGGGGAGGCGGCAGCGCUAAGGAAUGGAUGGCUCCGGGACUAGGCCUAUGGAAGGGGUCUGCUGGUCAGAGUGGGUGCACUUUGGGGAGGCCAGUAUGGAUCCUCAGUCUUGUAUUGUUCUUUGGCAGAUGUAUUUUUUAAUUUAUAAAAUAAAUCUCAUUAAAGCCA